GUUUUAUCCCAAGAAUUUCUCGUCUUCUUUGUCACAAGAAUAUUUCAAACGCUUUCGCUUUCACAGUUCCAAGAUGGCGGCGCCCUCAACACAUGUGCACUCCUUCAAAUCUAAUGUCAAAACAGCGUUUCAUAAGCUUAGAAAGUGCCCAAGGUUGUACAGAGGAGAGCAUUGAUAGAAAUAGAAGGUGUAUUUUCUUUGGCGGAAUCCAACCAGACACGACAGAGGAGGCGAUAACAGAAUAUUUCUCUGGAUUUGGUGAUGUUGAGGACGUGCAGAUUGUAAAGUCGAUCAUGGGACGCUCUAGAAACUAUGGAUUUGUCUAUUUUAAGAGUAAAAGAGUUGUUGAAGAAGUUCUUAGUGAGAAACAUUCAAUACAAGGGAAUGCAAUCAAGGUUGGGCGGAAUACAAAGCACCGUGUAAUUUAUGUUGGAGGCUUGCCUUCCCAUUUGACAGAAGCCAGACUCGAGAAUUAUUUCUCCAAAUUUGGUCUUGUAGAAACCGUGAAUUUUAUUGAUAAUUCUAAACUUGAGUCCAAAACAGGUUAUGCAUUCAUUAAAUUUAGCACUACAGAGGAAGCAUCUAAGGCAACAUUAGAGGAAAGUCAGGUCAUUGAUGACUGCACGGUGAAGGUYAAGUUGARAGAGUCUGCAAAUCACAUUGUUGAGGCUGAAGCAGYACAAUCCAAGAGGAUAAAAGUAGAUGGCUUACCUUAUGAAACCAUCACCGUUGAGAAACUCCGGGAUCAAUUUGAGACAUUUGGUGACCUCGAAAGAAUUGAUCUGCUGAUCAAUUCAAAUACAAAAUCUUGCUCUGCUAUUAUUGMAUUUCAAAAAAMAGACGCUGUUCAAAAUGUACUUGACAUAGAGAACCAACAAAUUGAUGAAUGUGUCCUGAAACUUUUUAGAUUCCCAGAAGCUGACAAACCUGGAGCAAGAGAUAGAACUUUGUAUCUUGAAAACCUUGCUCCACAAACAACUGAAGAGUCACUGCGACGCUACUUUAGUCCUUAUGGCAAGAUAGCCAGGGCUCGUGUUAUAAGGGACCAAARAACAGGAUUGAGCCAGGGAUGUGGUUUGGUGAAGUUCAGAAAAAAUAAAAGUUUGGAUUCAUUUGAAAACAUUUCACRGCAUGUUAUAGAUGGUUUUCCAGUGACAGCCAGGCGUGUUGGUUUUAAGUUUCAUCCCAAGCUUGUGUUGGAUGAGAUAAGUGGCCUCAAMCUUCAACCUUGACAUUCUUAGUAGAGUUUAGUUAAUGUAAAUAAUAUUGUUGGUAAUUUGAAGUGUUAAAUGCAGUWGCACCUGACAUUUUCCCAGUCRUUCUCACUUUUCUCACAUGUUUAAAAGGCAUCAAAGUUUUGCAAGCCACAAGAAUGCCRGAAGACACAACUGGUGACAAGUCAGCUGUAAACUGAACAUACCUGCAAACUUACAUGUCUGUGCCUUUUAGUGAUCAAAAUUACUUUACAACCAUAAAUGUUCAGUGGAAGGCUGUCUCAGACAAUAAGUCCAAAAUUUAAAUGACAAUUUUAACAAAAAAAGUCUGACUUGCUCCAGUUCAAAGYAGUGAAGCUUUGCGAGACACACAAAAAAGUUGCAAAAGACGACUGGCYCCAAGUUAGCUGUAUAGUAACCAUACAUGCAAGCUUACAUUGUGUGGCUUUUAGUGAUCACAAAUUAUCCCUGACUGUAGUUUAAUUGUGUAUAGGAGGGCAAUGCUGCUUCUAAUUAUACACACAUCAAUUAGAAUAUUAAAGAUAAUUAUAUAUCUUGAAAUUCCAAUGUAAUUCAUUCAUUCCUMAUUAAAAUACUCUUAAGUGUAGAGGAGAUUUUGUAGCAUUUGGAUGUGUGUAUACUACAGCAGAAAAUGUGUGUAAAUUAUCUGACAGGAACAUGCAGAAUCUUCCAGUUAAAUUCGUAUGUGCAUGUUCAGCCUUCGCUUGUGUUCUCUCGGUCCAUUUCUUUGGGAUGCCUGUGGUAUUUUGUGGUACUCAAUCCUACUCRGAUUCUUUCAGGUUGCUCAUGGUUCUGGWGAUGCUCUGAAACUCCUAUUUGACAGUAUUUAAAUUUUACUUCAGUGAUAGAAAUAAUAAAGUGAUUGAAGCUGACAAA